AUGAUCUAUCUAUCUAUCUAUCUAUCUAUCUAUCUAUCUAUCUAUCUAUAUAUAUAUGUGUGUGUGUGUCCGUCUGUCUGCCUAUCUAUCUAUCUAUCUAUCUAUCUAUCUAUAUGUUCUGUCUGUAUAUCUAUUAAUAUAUGUAUUUUCUCCUUCUUCUUCUAUCUAUCUAUCUAUCUAUCUAUGAACUUCUGCUCGGGACAAAUCACAUUCCGUAAUCUAUCUAUCUAUCUAUCUAUCUAUCUAUCUAUCUAUCUAUCUUAUUCUACUUCUAUCUAUCUGCCUAUCUAUGUGUCCGUUUGUCAAUCAAUCUAUCUAUCUAUGUAUCUCAUUCUGCGUCUAUCUAUCUAUCUAUCUAGCUAUCUAUCUAUAUAUGUGUCCGUUUGUCAGGCUGUCUAUCUAUCUAAGUGUCCGUCUGUCUGUCAGUCUAUCUAUGUAUCGAUCUAUCUCAUUCUACUUCUAUCUAUCUAUCUAUCUAUCUAUCUAUCAUCUAUCUAUCUAUCUAAUGUGUCCGUUUGUCAGUAUGUCUAUCUAUCUGUGUGUCUAUCUAUCUAUCUAUCUAUCUAUCUAUGUGUCCGUUUGUCAGUCAAUCUAUCUAUGUAUCUCAUUCUGCGUCUAUCUAUCUAUCUAUCUAUCUAUCUAUCUAUCUAUCUAUCUAUGUGUCCGUUUGUCAGGCUGUCUAUCUAUCUAUGUGUCCGUCUGUCUGUCAGUCUAUCUAUCUAUGUAUCUAUCUAUCUCAUUCUACUUCUAUCUAUCUAUCUAUCUAAUGUGUCCGUUUAUCAGUAUGUCUAUCUAUUUGUGUGUCCGUCUGUCUGUCAGUCUAUCUAUCUAUCUAUGUGUCCGGUUGUAAGUCAAUCUAUCUAUCUAUGCGGUCUAUCUAUCUAUGUGUCCGUCUGUCUGUCAAUCUAUCUAUCUAUCUAUCUAUCUAUCUAUCUCAUUCUGCUUCUAUGUAUCUAUCUAUCUAUCUAUCUAUGUGUCCUUUUGUCAGUCUGUUUAUCUAUCUAUGAGUCCGUCUAUCUAUCUAUCUAUCUAUCUAUCUAUGUGUCCGUUUGUCAAUCUAUCUAUCUAUGUCAUUUUCAUCGAUAUCAAUCACAUUCCGUAAUCUAUCUAUCUAUCUAUCUAUCUAUCUAUGUCAUUAUGUUCCUUAUCAAUCACCUUCCGCAAUCUAUCUAUCUAUCUAUCUAUCUAUCUAUCUAUCUAUCUAUCUAUCUUAUUCUGCUUCUAUCUAUCUACCUAUCUAUGUGUCCGUUUGUCAGUCAAUCUAUCUAUCUAUGUAUCUCAUUCUGCAUCUAUCUAUCUAUCUAUCUAUCUAUCUAUCUAUGUGUCCGUUUGUCAGGCUGUCUAUCUAUCUAUGUGUCCGUCUGUCUGUCAGUCUAUCUAUCUAUCUAUCUAUCUAUCUAUCUAUCUAUCUAUCUAUCUAUCUAUCUAUCUAAUGUGUCCGUUUUUCAGUAUGUCUAUCUGUGUGUACGCCUGUCUGUCUAUCUAUCUAUCUAUCUAUCUAUCUAUCUAUCUAUCUAUCUAUGUGUCCGUUUGUCAGGCUAUCUAUCUAUGUGUCCGUCUGUCUAUCAAUCUAGCUAUCUAUAUAUCUAUCUAAUGUGCCCAUCUAUCUAUCUAUCUAUCUAUCUAUCUAUCUAUCUAUCUAUGUGUCCUUUUAUCAGUCUGUUUAUCUAUCUAUCUAUCUAUCUAUCUAUCUAUCUAUCUAUCUAUCCAUCUAUCUAUCUAUCUAUGUGUCCGUUUGUCAUCUAUCUAUCUAUCUAUCUAUCUAUCUAUCUAUCUAUCUAUCUAUCUAUCUAUCUAUCUAUCUAUCUAUGUGUCCUUUUAUGUUCCAUAUCAAUCACCUUCCGUAAUCUAUCUAUCUAUCUCUAUCUAUCUAUCUAUCUAUCUAUCUAUCUAUCUAUCUAUCAUCGGUUCCUGGUUUUUGUCAUCAAUUUUUGGCGUUCUUUCUUUUGUUGUCCAAUCGAAACAGUUAUUUUUUCGACCAUUUUUGUUUGUUUGUUUGUUUCUCCGUUCUUUCUUUCUUUCUUUCUUUCUUUUCUUUCUUUCUUUCUUUCAUUCUUUCUUUCUUUUCUUUCUUUCUUUCUUUCUUUCUUUCUUUUCGUUCUUUCUUCGGUUUUUGUCAAGAAUGUUUUGCUUUCUUUCUUUCUUUGCUCAUGGGGAACAAUUAUUAGUCGACAGUUUUUGUUCAUUUGUUUCUUUCUGUCACUGAUCCUCUCUCUUCUUAACAUUCUUACUUUCUUUCUUUAUUUUUCUUUCUUUCUUCAUCACCUUCUUUCUUUCUUUCUUUCUUUCUUUCUUUCUUUUUUCAGUAAAUAUAUUAUUUUUUUCUAUGCUCUUUCUCAUAUAGUCUCUUUCUUUCUUUCUUUCUUUCUUUCUUUCUGUCACAGAUACUCUUUCUUCUUACCAUGA